AUGACUAAUCAAAUAAGUUCUAUACCUGACGUACAUCUAUCAUCAAUAAUAAAAGCAAAUAAAACUGAAUAUGAAUGUUGUAUAUGUUUAAAUAAAAAAGAUUUAAUUAUUGUAUUUGAUUGUAAUCAUCAUGUAUGUCUAUCAUGUUUUAAAGAAUAUGCUAUAACAAAAUUAAAUAGUCGUCAAUUUAAACUUGAUUCAAAUAUUGGAUAUAGCCUUGGAUGUCCAGAUGGUUGUCCAAAUACACUUCUUCGUGAUUUACAUAUUUUUCGUUUAAUGGAUAAGUCAAAUUAUGAACGAUAUAAAAUAUUUGGUGCAGAAGAAUAUGUAUUUAAUCAUCAAGGAGUUAUUUGUCCAAUGCCAUCAUGUGGCUGUGGAUUGAUUCUUGAUGAAAGCAAUUUAAAAAUAAUUUGUCCAUUACCACUUGGUUGUGGAAAAACAUUUUGUCGAAAUUGUAAAACACUUUGGGAAGAUGAUACAGUUCAAGUUUGUUUAUGUCAAGAUGAUAAUAAAAAUGAUGAUAAUCGACCAUAUUCAUUUUGGAAUUAUUUAUUUAAUUAUCAACGUGAAACAUCAUCAGUACUUGUAAAAAAAUGUCCGAGAUGUUCUGUAAAAAUUGAGAAAGAUGGUGGUUGUAAUGCAAUAUCUUGUACUCAUUGUGGUAUGACAUGGUGUUGGAUUUGUGAAAUGGAAUUUCGUACUGAUUGUAUUCAAUCUCAUUGGUUUUAA